AAAUUUUUGUGGUCAUUUCACCAAACUCUCAUAAUCUUAAGCCCCAAAAAGAAAUUAAAAGAGGCAAACGCGACCAAAUGAAACCCCAAACCAACCUCUACACCCCCAUCUAAACAUGGUCUCCGUCACUGCCACAACCACCACUGCAGACGGCGGCGGCGGCGGCGGUCUGAAAUUGGAUUCAAUACCCAUUGUGGAUCUCCGUCUUCUCUCCCAAUCGGAACUCUAUUCCCUCUCCCUCUGCUCUUCUUCCGCCUUCGAUCCCUGCCGCCGUGAUGACGUCGUCAUCCCCAACAUUGAUCGCUCCGUCUUCAACGAGUCCGCCGGUUCCCGAAAACAGACUUACUCUCGCCUCCGUCUCGCUCCUCCCUCCUCAUCCUCCUCCGCCGCCCCUCGCCGCCGCACCCCCCAUCUCCGCAGCAGCGCCGCAUCCUUAGCCAACGCCAUCGACAACAAUAAUUCCGACCCGGAAAAUGUCGAGAACGCCCAAAUCGUUACCCUUCUCAAGCAAUUAUUUGUCACCGACGUGAAUUACGAGGAAUUGGUCCCUGUGAAAAUAGAUUACUCAAAUUCCCUACCUCCUCAAUUGGUUCCUGUCAGAAUUGAUUACUCAAAUUCCCUACCUCACCGUCAAUUUUCACCAUUCCCUUCCUCCAAUGUGGGUCCCACAGGCCAAAAACGAAAGCGCGGACGCCCCCGAAAGAAUCAACUUUUAGGGAGAGACGAGGAUUCUGCCACGAGGGCAAAUGUUGUGAAUGUGGACGAGGCCAACGGAUUUUCUUCGUUAAACGAGAUUGUCGUGCAUGAGAACGCGGAGGAAAGGGAUCGGGAAGUGGUGAAUAAGGACGGAGUGGCUGUGGAUUUGGUCGCGUUGGGCAUGGUGGAGCAUCCUUACGGGGAGGAGAUUAGGCGUCGGACGCAAGGGAUGCUGACCGAGGAUGAACUGUUGGGAUUUUUAAAAGGAUUAAAUGGAUCGUGGGGGAGUAGGAGGAAGAAGAAGAGGAUUGUCGAUGCUAACGAGUUUGGGAGUGUGCUGCCAGUUGGAUGGAAGCUUUUACUAUCUAUCAGAAAGCAGCAUGGUCAAGCGUGGUUGUAUUGCCGUCGCUACAUAAGCCCCAGCGGACUGUAUUUUGUCUCAUGCAAGGGAGUUUCUUCGUAUAUGUGCUCUCUCUAUGGUAUCCAAGAUACAAAUACAGACAGCCUUGCUCAAUCUAAUGGGACGGUCAAUGAUGCCGAUAACUUGACUUCUGUCAUGAUUGCAGAUCCUGCUGUUCAGGGUGACGAAAGAAAGGAAAACAUGGUUCCCCGUGCAUCUUCACCCACUUCUGGUUCCAUAUCUGGCAAUCAUGAGGUGCAAGCUGUAAUAAAUGCGGGUGAUUUGCCGCAGGACAGGAGAGGGGAAAAUUUAUAUUGCAACAAGUGUAAUAUAACUUUCAGUGAGAAAGAUCAGUUACUGCAACACCAAUCAUCUGUUCACCGGAAAAACAGAUGCAAAAGUGGUAUGCGCAUAACUGAUGGGGUGAUAAUAAAGGACGGAAAAUACGAGUGCCAGUUCUGUCAUAAGACAUUUGACGAAAGGCAUCGGUACAAUGGUCAUGUUGGUGCCCAUGUGAGAUAUCAAGCUAAAACUGCUGGAGAAUCACCUCUACAGUCCGGUGAUCCCGUUUCUUUUGAUCAGUUUCCUAUUCGAGAUACGACAAUUGAAGGAUCAUUAAUGUCUAAUAAUAAUGUACAAAUUUGUAAUACUAUAACCAGUAAUAAAGAUAUUGAGCAUGUUGGGGAUGUAAAGGAAGCAAAUGUGGGUGUAGCUACUGAUAUGGUUACCAACGAAAAUCCAUGUUCAGUUGCUGAGGUUCUCUGCUCCAACGACGAGGCCAAAAGUUUCCAUGAAGAUGCACGAGUGAAGGGUUCUGCUGUUGAAAUAACUGAUGAUGGUUCAUCUUUGCCCCUUGACGCCUCAUUACAUGGUGUUAUGAAUGGCACUGCGUUUGAGAAUUCUACUUGUACAGAGAAGCCCGAGCAAAGGGAGGUAUUUAAUAGGAGUUUAUUUGAUUCAGAUGGUCCUGUGGAAGAAUGUGAAGUAGUUGUAAAUAAUCAGCCUAUUUGUCAGACGAGUAAUGAUAUCAAACUUGAUUACAAGAAUUUUGCAGUUAACGGGUCCGCAUUGGAUUUUUCUGGGAGGUAUGGUGAACAGGACGGAGAUUUAUCUCGUAGUAUAAAGCAACAGAGUAAUUUUGAGAGCAUGCCCUCUAAGAAUAUCGGUACCAGUGACAGCACAUCAACAUUUAAAUCGAUGGCAUCUGAACUUACCAAAGAUCCUAAAACCAUUAUGCUUCCCGUUGCUCACGAGGAGAAAGAAUGUUUGGUAGACAAUCUUACCUGCUCGAUAGGUGAACGCAUUGAAACAUGUGAGAAUGGUAGUUCUAUAGCAUGUGACGAUGGUGUGAGUAGGCAAGUGCAAUUCGGAAUGAGUUCUGCCAUUCCAACUUGGGAUAGACUAGAAAAUAUGUCCGGAAAGGAUGAUGCUGAGGCGCUCACUUGUGUGUUGAAGCAGCCUGGUGUGAACACGUCUGAAAGAAGGUCAGCCGAUUUGUCCGGUAAUCAAAUCAUGUAUGGUUAUGAAAAAAAUAGUGAAGAAGUUUGCGGAAGAAAGAUGGAAGCACAUGCAUUUGAUGAUUUCCGAAAUCUUGGGAACGUUGAAUCAAGUGAUCCUUUCCGCAGCAAUCAUGCUGUACUAAAUUCCAAUUCCGUGGGAGGAAAUGAGCAACGUAGGGAACUUGGAGACUGCCCUGAUUUUACAUCUGCAACUGAUAAAAGGUUCUUUACCGAAGAUAAUAUGAUUAGUAUAUUCAACGAUGCUUUUGGACAGAACAAACAAGAUCCAUCUGGUGUUUCAGAAGGUUGUCACGAGGCGUAUACGUCGAGUAAGAUUUAUGGUACCCCUGCUAAUCCCUCUGGACUCGGUGAAAUCGAAGAUAUCGGAAAGUAUGGACUAAGUCUUUCUUUUGAUAAUCGUCAGACAGAAUUUUGUACAGAUUCUAAUAGGGUUGACCAGGAAAGGUAUCAGGCAGAUAGUGUAAACACUCAAUCCGCUCUCCGUAAAACAUACGGUGAUCAAACACAUUUGAAUAUUACAAAUAGUAGCACGCCUGGUGAUCUGAAACAAGGUAGAUCUUUUGGAAUCGAUUUCCCCGAUUCAUCCUUCAACAUCACAACUUCUGAACUCGGCAGUGGUUUCAACCAAGUAAGGGACUGGAGUGGACAAACAAGAGGCAAGAUGGCAGCAACUUCUGGCCAAAAUUUUAUGAUUGGGUUUCAGAACAACAGCUCACAGUCUGGUGAGUGUGUGACAGCUGGCGGUUCUUGGAGAACAGGUCAAGAAAAUUUGUUUCAAGGUUGUUUUGAUGCUCCCGUAGGUCAGCAGCAGGUUCCAGCUUCAAGCUGCUUUCAUAAUUUUGACAUUACUUCAGAUAAGGGUGAAGAAGAAAGUCCAUUUAGUUUGAACAAGAAGUAUGAUUUUCACACAGACAUGUUGCGGCCCGGUAGACCUGAACCAGUGGAAUACAGUUUUAUGGGAGAGCAAAGCUCAAAUACCUUGUCUGGAGAAUCGAAGAUUUUCUCCUCGUUCAGUGAAAAUAUGGAUCAAGGAUUAGAUCACUCAUUUUGGCUCGGAAAAGAUGAUUUAAUGCCGAACGCAUCUCAGACAACAUCAGUUUGCGUUUGGUGCAGGAACAUCUUCUUUCAAGACACUGUUCAGUCCGGAAUACAAACUGGUGCCAUAGGUACUAUGUGUCCAUCUUGCAGUACCAGAAUUCCAGGACAGUUUUAAACUUGCUUGUACUCAAACUAUGUGUCUAAAGACUACAUGAAAGUGUUAUUAACUUCGUCUAGUUAGUCUUUUGAAAGGACGAGCAGAACUCCGUCUGGACGGAUUUUUACCUAUAGACUUGUUGAAACUGGUUAACCAAAUUUUUUUUGUAUCACUUUUUUUUUUUUUAAUAGAGGACUCAAAUUUAAAGUGUCACCA